GAAAGUCCUUGGCAAUAUCGUCAGCUAUCACAAGUCAUUUGUGGGAAGAGAUUACAAGGCUUUGUCUCAGAUUGCGUUGUUUGUGUUUUGGCCGUACCUAUCUGAAGGAGAGAGAAAAGUUUGGCUUGCUCUUUCAAAGGUAUUCAGAAUUGCCUACUGUGUACCAUUCACCGAGGAUAAAGUACACGACUAUGACCAGAUAUGUCAGCACUUUGUGGCCACCGUAAAAGAAAACAUGCCUGAAAUGCUGAAAAAACAAACUGCUACUCCAUCUUCCGGAAAGUAUGAAAGAGUGUGGUCCCCCAUCAUCUUUUAACACAGAAAGGUGUGAGGCUUUCAACUCAAAGAUGAGAAACUACAAUGUAUACUCUAAUAAAGCUGCGUCAAGUAGAGACAUUGCUCUCAGCUUUGCCGUGUUGGAAGACAUCAGGCUUGUGUGUGACGGGGGAACGACACUCAGUUUUGGUAGGAGCAUUGGGUUAGGACUGGUACACAUGUACCAUUCAAAUGCGGUCCAAAAGUUUCUGAAUGGAGCAACACCACCCAAACACAAGGCGAUAUACCAGCCAGGAGCACUCAGAAUGGUAAUUAUCACAUUUUUAUGUUGUGUCGACGAAAGCAUACAAAAUGACACAAAUUACAGAAACAGCCAGGAGCACUCAGAAUGAAACAAGUACAGCCUGCAUCUCUCUCGAGUGUUGAGCUUAAGGUGGGUGGAGAGGUGAUGACCCUGGGAAGCCUUCCCACUGGCCUGUCUGUGGAUCUUCUUGAGACCUUCAACCUGCGGGAUGAUGUCCAAAGAUAUGGAGGUGUUGUGUCACAAACUGGCCAACUUGUUCACUGUGGGCAAUCUGUUAAAUUGGCCACCACAGACAACAUGUCACAGUAUGGUAUACUGGUGGCAAAUGUACUCAGACUAGCAUCCCAUUCAUCAUUCAUUCAUCAUUCAUCAUCAUUCAUCAUCCCAUUCAUAGCUAGCCAUGGAUCUGGAUGAUAACUGGGACACACAAAGUGGCAUCGCUCAAGAAGAUGAAGAUGAUCCUUUCCCUGGUACCUCAGAGGAAGGUCCACACUUUAGGAUUCGUGAUGUGUUUACCUCUCAUCAUUCAGACUCUGGCUAUGACCACGGGGUCCCAGUGGAUGUGACACACUAUAUCCAGGACAAGAGCCUUCGACACAGACUGGUCUUAUUGUCGUUGAGCAACAGCAAGUUAGGUAUACGUAUGCUCUUGUUGAGGGCAAUAUUCAUGCUCCUAGGCUGUCUCCUGUAUGUGGCAGAGACUGUGUACUAUGAUUACUUCACUGCUAAUGGUGCUGGACUAUAUCAGGAAAGCCUGAACACAACUGACACACUGGAGAUCAUCGCAGUGCAGGCACGAGCCGUGGUGCUACUCACUGAGGAUAAGCCCUACGUUCUAUGGGCUCUGCAAGUUCUGGUAUCACUUGUAAAUCUCUGCAAUGCUCUCUCCGUGCUCUACGUUACAUCAGGAGUGACCUGGCAGUCUGCCUUGCGCACACUGUCCCCCUCUAUUGCCCUCACACUGGUCCUCCCACUGCUAUAUCUGCUGACUCUAUUCUAUCCUCCUAUUCUGAGGAACUUGUUCAUCCCUUCCUUCUUCUACUGUUUUCCUGCCCGGCUUUGCUUCAGUACAGCUAUACUCCAGGCAUUGCAACGCAGCACUCAGAGCAGACCAAGCACAUUCAGACUAAAGAUGAUCACACUAACAUCCAUGUUCCUCUGCUUCUUGUUUACUUGGACAUGCAUACUACACCACUUCUUCCGUAUUGAUGCCCAACACACUCUCUUUGAGACCUACUACUUCGUCAUGGUAACCAUGAGCACAGUCGGCUAUGGAGACAUCGUCCCUAGACAUUGGACUGGGCAGUUCCUUGUCACCAUCUUUGUAUUGUCUGCCCUACUGUUCCUCAUCCCUCAGUUACAAGCAGUGUAUGAGGCAUUCACAUUACAACAAACACUACACAACACAGUCAGCUUCAAGGAUCGUGGGCGUGGGCAUAUCCUCAUCUGCUCUCAAGCACUCAGGCCUUUAGUUCUGAGGGACUUCCUAACAGAGUUUUACUCUGACCUUGCCAAUUAUGAUGUGCAUUGUGUUGUCAUGGUGGAGAAGGAGUUAAGCUCUAUAUCUCAGAUGUAUUUGCGUCACCCAGUGUGGGCUAAACGCAUCACUGUCUUGAUAGGCAGUCCACUAAAGAGUUCAGAUCUAGCCAGAGCACGAGCACAUGUGUCACUAAGCUGCUUUAUACACACACCCAGAGACAAGGGUGAUGGCAUUGAGGCAGACCACCACUCCAUCAUGUGUGCUUGGGCUAUCAAGGACUUUGCACCCAAGGUCAAACUGUAUGUACAAAUCCUCCAUCCUGACAAUAGACUGCAUCUUGCUGACGUGGCAAAUUCUGUUGUGUGUGAAGGAGAACUACGCAGCGCUUUGUUGGCUUCCAAUUCCAUAUGCCCAGGAAUCAGCACUCUAGUGACUCUAUUAUUGCACACGUUCAAGCCAGAGCAACGUCGGCUAUCUAGUGAGGAAUACCAACUCUACGCAAAGUGUGCUCCGUGUGAGAUCUAUGACAGUCAGUUAGGGGACAGCAAAUACUUCCAUCACUUCGAGGGAAAGAACUUCCUCUACACUGCAGUGGUGGCAUUCAGAAAAUACAAUGUGACUUUGCUGGGGGUCAGAAGUCAUGGAACAGGGGAGCUGCUACUCAACCCAAGCCUCGAGUAUAUUAUGCAUCAAGAUGAUAUCUGUUACUACAUUGGCUUUACGAGAGAGGAAUACAGUAAGGUGGGAGGGGCCACAUCGAUAAACCACGCCCUUCAAGGAACAUGUGCUAAAUUGGCCAUAUAUUCCAUGAUUAGUGCUGGGAUAGACCCAUACACACUCAACGAGAGAGCAGCUGUCGAUGUCCACGCUAGUAAUGAAACACUCAACUCUGAUAGUAGCAUCGAUGGUGACCCUGUGACCUUCUUUAUAACUGAAGCCAGUGAACCGUCGCUCAACACAGAGCAGCAGAAGACCACUCUCGAGACAAGAAGGGGAUUGCAUCUAUUCAAGUAUUUAUCAGAUAUUGAACCUACUGCAAUACCUGUAGUCAAGAUCAACAUAGCCUCUAGUGAUACGAACUUGCAACAUUCGACUGGCGACAACAGUUCCGUCAGCUCACAUGGCUAUCACAUGACACACGAACCAGUUGCUAUGGAGACAUCACAUCACCCUCACGCUUUUCACAAACAAGUUUCUGAACCUCAUUUCAAGUCCCAUUUUCGAUUAUCACAUGACCAGCGUAGAUUAUCACAUGACCACGGAUUGUUGAAACCUGCUCUACCCAUCAUUCGUGAGCGUUCAGUAUCUGAGAGCUCUGGACUACCACUAUUAAAGCGUUCCCAUAGCGACAUGUCAGUAGCAGUGGAUCAAGUGCUCUAUUCCAGCGAACUAGAACUAGUCAAUUCCACAAGUCGUUUGAACCGUGUACCCGAGGUCCCGCCCACUCACCCCCAACGCUUCCACUUCCCACACUUUCAUCAUCUAGGGAGGUCUUCAAGUCGCACCAGUAUGGCUAGUCUGAGGGAAGAGGUGGUUGAGCUAGACCUGGCGGACAUUAAUGAAGAAGCUGAGUUGGAGGAGCUAGAAGAUGGAUUGUGUGAUGAAGCUUCCUCUGAAGGUCGCUCCCCUUCUCCUAACCCCCUCCAUCACCAUGAUAACAGACCUAAGUACUGGAAAGGUCAAGUACCUAACACUCCGUACUUUGGGUUUGAGACUCAGAAGUGUCAUCUUGUGCAUGAGAAGCGUUGCCAUGACGACUUGGCAGCGGGUAUUGGUGACCUAGAGCGUGGUUUGUCUAUAGUGUACUCACCGCGUGUGUCCGAUGAUUUGUAUCACUUCAUACUUCCUUUGAGAGCAGCCAACCUUCCCUCUAGUAGCCUCAAGCCUUUAGUGGUCAUGGUCAACUCUCAACUGCCGCCAGAGUUCCUGGACACCAUUGCUUGGCUCCCUCUAGUCUACUAUCUCAGAGGACAUGUAUCAGAUGUCAACCAUUGGUUGAGGGCUGGCAUCACUCUAGCAGACUCUGCUGUUAUACUCCGUGAUCCAGUGUUGCAUAACUCUGAUAAUGAUGAGCAUUACGCUGACUCUAGUCAUAUCAUGGCUGUGCAGAAACUGACCAACCUCUUCCCUCAUGUCAGCAUUGUCACAGAGUUACAUUAUCGUUACAAUUUUCGCUUCAUGAGGUUCACUGAUUGUGACCAUCACUUCAUGGGAAACUUCAAGUCUCUGCUGCGUAAAGGUGAUCACCUCACUUACCUGUUUGUGCCUCAGUUUGCUGGAGGAAGAGUCUUCUGUCCCAGUAUGUUGGACACGCUCCUGUACCAGGCUCAUGUAAAGCCGUACAUUGUUGAGCUGAUGAGGCAGUUGUUGGGUUGCAAGGCAGAGGAGGAUAGUGGCUACCUGUGGCAUGUCCCCCUCACUCCGGACCUCCUGUGUCUGGAGACGUACGAGAGAGUGUUCCAACGCUUGGUCUCUCAACAUCGCUACAUUCCCCUCGGUAUCCACCGGACCAUCCCAGAGGGACACUGUGUAUACCUCAAGUGUGAUGUAAUGUCCAGUGGUGAGCCCGAGGCAAUGGGGGAGAGAGUGGCGAGCUUCCUCAAUGCUCGAAUGGAAGCUCUUGGACUUUCAGACUUGCCAACAGCGCAGAGCAAAGCUGUUAACAGUCAGUCGUUUGUGUUGCCAAAUCCUCCACCAAAGACGAAGCUGAAACCCAAUGACAUAAUACUGGUGAUCCAUCCCGCCCACCACCACUCACACCCGCCCCCACACUCACCAGACCACACCCCACAGACCACACCUACCACAGCCACACCCACUAAGCAGCAGCAAUUCUCCCCUACUAAGGACAAUAACUGUAUGCAUAUUUCUGUGCCCAUUGAAUGUCAUGUGAAAGUUUAGUAUAAGUUUUUUUUUCAAAAUUAAUUGUUUUCACUAUUAUCUCCCAAUUAUUUUUUAGCCAUGCAAUUAACAAUAAAUUAUUAUGAUUUUAUUCUAAUAAAUAAUUAAAUAAUAUGAUUGUCACACUUUUAUAUAAA